AUGCCUAGGUCAGCACAGGAUGUCUCAGUAGCUAUUCGGACGCUUACAAGCGGUGCCGAUGUUUGGGAAGACAAAUGCCAGUUCGCCAUCCGGGGAGGUGGCCACACUCCAUUCAAGGGUGCUGCAAACAUGGAAAACGGCAUCGUUAUCGACCUCAAAAACCUACCUGCUGCAGGUAUCUCGACGGACCACAAGACCAUUACAGUCAGCCCCAGCCAAACUUGGGACCAGAUCACAGAGCAGCUUGACCCCUAUAAUUUGAGCACUCUUGGUGCCCGAGUUGCCGGUGUUGGUGUGGGUGGCGCAGUUCUCAGCUGCGGAACCUCCUUCUUCUCCGCUCGCUAUGGGUUUAUUUGUGAUAUGGUCGAACAGUUUGAGGUGGUACUCGCAAAUGGAGACAUUGUUUAUGCAAACGCCAACCAGCACUCCGAUCUCUGGAAGGCCCUUAGGGGCGGUUCCAAUAACUUUGGCGUUGUCACAUCCAUUACUAUGAAGACCUUCAGCCAGGGCAGGUUCUGGGGUGGUCAGACUUUUCACGACAUCUCAACCCGAAAGGAGCAUUUCAAAGCACAUGAGGACCUCGCAUCAAUGCAUCCUUAUGAUCCAUACGUUCAUUACAUUAACAAUCUGAUUCUCAAUAACGCGACAAAAAGCUGGUUCAUUGGCAACAGCUUGCAGUACACCAAAAGCGACCCCCCCGUUGCUGAACCUGAGGUGUUCAAACCUCUCCUCGCCAUCGAGCAGACUGCGCUCUUUCCUGGCGGCCCUACCAAUACUAUUCGUAUUGACAAUGUUACUUCAAUUUCUCGCGAGUAUGCCGCUCUCGCCACGUACCCUAAGCGCUGGCUCUUUGCCACUGUCAGCUUUGCCCCUUCUGCGGCUAUGAUGGAGGAAUUCUUCCAAAUGGCAGACAAGGCUUUCACAUCCUUAAUCGAACUUGACGGCUUCAUGGUGUCCAUGGCCUACCAGCCUGUCCCAAGUGUCAUGUCUGAGCGCAAUGGUGCCGUGGACUCUCUCGGACCAAUUCAGACGCAGGGAAACCUCAUCUACAUUCACAUGAGUGUCGCCGUUGACGAGUCUGAGAGAGACAGUGACAAUAUCAUUGAAAAGGUGGUGCAGUCGCUGGUUGCUGACGCAGAAGCCAAGGCCAAGAAGAUGGGUUUGUACAGGAGCUAUCUCCAGGCGACGUAUGCCGAGAGUUGGCAGAAUCCCAUCGAACGUCGCAGCAAGGGUACACUGAAAGAACUGCUAGCAACGAGCAAGAAGUAUGAUCCUCGACAGGUAUUCCAGAGGCAGGUUCCUGGCGGCUUCAAGUUGCCCAAGUCUCCUUAUGUCGUAGGUGUCAGGGCCGACCUUAAAUGA